GAGUCGAUCAAGAGCGCCGCCAGCACCGUAGCUUAUGGGUUGGUGAGCUACUACAAAGGCAACGAGAGCGGGCAGACGCCCGGCGAGCUGCCCUACCCGCCGUACUUCUGGUGGGAGUCGGGAGCCAUGUGGGGAGCGCUGAUCGACUACUGGAGCUUCACGGGCGACGCGACAUAUAACGACAUCACGAGCCAGGGCGUCCUGUUCCAGGUGGGCAACGACAACGACUUCAUGCCGCAGAACCAGAGCUUCGAUAUGGGGAACGAUGAUCAGGCGUAUUGGGCCUUCACGGCGCUGACGGCCGCCGAGGCGAACUUCCCUAACCCGCCGUCGACAGAGCCCUCGUGGCUGUCGCUGGCGCAGGCCGUGUUCAAUGAGCAGAUCGGCCGCUGGGAUAACAGCACUUGUGGGGGAGGUCUUCAUUGGCAGGUGUUCCAAGCGGCCAAUGGGUAUCAUCUGAAGAAUACCCCUUCCAACGGAGCUCUCUUCCAGAUCGCAGCCCGCCUUGCGAGAUAUACGCACGAUGAGAUGUACGCGCAAUGGGCCGUCAAGAUCUGGGACUGGAUGUGGGCGGUGGGGCUGGUUGACAACGUCAACUACAUGGUAUACGACAACACGGAUGCGAACAACAACUGCACGACACUCGAUCGGCAGAUGUGGACCUAUAACGGCGGGACGAUGCUCGCCGGGUGCGCUAUCAUGUUCAACUAUACAGGUGAUCCAAUCUGGGCGAAUCGAACAGCGAAUAUCCUCAAGGCAGUGGCCGUCGAUUACUUCCCCAACGGCAUCAUGAUCGAGCUCUGCGAGGCGUCCGGCCAAUGCGACCCCGACCAGCAGACGUUUAAAACCUUCCUCUCCCGCUGGAUGGCGACGACGGUACAGAUGGCGCCCUUCACGGAACCCACCAUCACGCCGCUCCUGCGAAACUCCGCCGCCGCUGCCAUGCAGCAGUGCGAUGGCAGCUUCUUCCCCGACCACACGUCCUGCGGCCAACGCUGGUCCCAGAACGCCACGUGGGACGGUUCUAACGGGCCCGGACAGCAGAUGGCCGCCCUGGAAAUCCUCCUCAGCACUAUCAUCAAGACCCAGCAGGUGCCGCUCACUAAUAGCACGGGCGGCACCAGCAUAUCGGAUCCUACCGCCGGACAUAAUGCGUCCAGCGUCGCGCCCGGGACGUACAUGACGCCGCCUACUCACAGGGGGCGCGUCGGCGCCUGGGCCUUGACCGCUGUGCUGAUCGUGGCGAGUCUCUGCGGUACGUGGUUCAUGGUGUCGGACGGGUUGGAAUCAGGUACCAGUGGUUUGUAUAAGAGGAGGGUUGCGCGAGGGAAGGGCAGGGCGGUCGGAUAA